UUUCUUCACUUUCAGCGUUAUAUUCACUCAGAAAUGUAUUUUGAAUAAAAAGAAAUACAAAUGAAAAAUAAGUGACAUUUUGUAUCUUCUUCGGUAUCAGUCGCAUCAGAGCCUGAAUGAAGCGUGUACAUGAAGAAAUAUCUUUUUACAAUGCCUGUGCUUAAAGUUUUCCUUUAAGAAGAUUUAUUUUAAAUUUUCUUAAAAUGUUCUUAAAAUUAGCAUUUAAAAUAGCAUUUAAAUGAAUUUAAUUCUGAGUGAAUACAACGCAUUUAAAUGCUAUUUUAAAUGCUAAUUUUAAGAAUAUUUUUUUAUGUUUCAAUCGUUUAAUAAUAAGCCAGUAACUCAUAUAAUUGUAGCUUUAUUUUGACCAACGUUGUGCGUUUUAACAUCAGAUGUUGCCAGCUUGGUCAAAAUAAAGCUACAAUAAUAUUUUUUUUAGAUAAAAGAUCACGCUAUCUUUCCACAAAAAUUUAACGUUUCUGUGAGAAUACUAAAAAAAACCUUCAUACUAAAAAAAGGCUUAUGUGUUAGUAGCAGAUAACUAGAUUCAUAUGAUUAUAAAAUGUUGCUCUGGCUUCUCUCUCUCUCUUUUUCUAUCUCAUUUGCUUAAAAUUAUUUAAUAAUUGUUUAAUGCGUUUUGAUUAACUACUGCAUAAGAAGUCUCACACUGAAGUAAAAAUAGUAUUGAUGAUCGCAGACGUUAGAUGGCACGUACUGUUGGAUAUCCGCUUGUAGUCUGCUUGUAUUACUGCGAUCACAGAUCACUUGCGUAAUUAUAAAUUAUCGACUGUAUUUUCAAUCAUGCAUAUUCAAUUAAAUAACUCAAACAAAUGAUUACUAAUUCAGAUAAUGAAACCAUAACACGCGGACAUUUAUACUGUUAUUCUUUACGUGUUAUAUCCUCUUCGCAUCAUUGUCCAAAUUCUACUUAAAUUAUACGAUUACUUAUAGAUAUUUAAAAUAAUACAAAAAUCAUUUUGCACACGUAUUGUUCUUUUGUAUCAGCCACAUAUUUUUUGCUGUUUAUCCAGAAAUAUUAAUAUUUGCGCAGUAUUUAUAUUUUAUGCUUUUAAAUUUUCUUCUUUUUUAGUGAAUUGUCUGAAUGUUUUCCUGUUUACGAUUUUUGUAUUUUGGCCAGAGUGUAAAUCAGGGUAGAGUUAUUUUAUUAAAUGUAUGCUUUUUCUUCGCAAUUGUAAGAGUUUCCAGUAAAGCUGUUUCCUAGUAAAGAAGACGAUAAAUGCCAGAUUGACGUAAAAUCAAUAUGUCGUAUAUUAACGGAGAGGCGAAAGAUCCUGGUACUAUACGUAACGGAGUUUAAACGCGCUAUCUUUUUCUAAGUGUGUAAUGAUGCGACCUUUAACGCCUCUGUGAGAAUCUUGUUGUGUUGUGAUGUUGUGACUUUACAUUUCCUGAGAUUAUUUUAAAGCGAAAAUGUGUAAAAAGGACAAAACUGUAAUGGCACUCUAUAAAAAUAAAUGGAAAAAAUUUUCUUUAAUUUGUACGUCACAAUAAUAGCUCUUGCAAUGCACGAUUUUUUUAAAUUUAAUUGAAAUAUUAGAUUUGUUAUCUAAUAUUUGCAAUGACCACUAAGUGUUUAUAUAGCAGCGGUUGUAUUCUGCCAUGUCGCAAACACUUGUUAGAUACGAAAGACAUAAAAAACGAUUAUUUUUACACCUGACAAACCGGUAAACGUUGAACAUUUAAAUAUGAUUGCAAUUAACGUCGUGACAAGCAAGAAAAUUUCCACAAAUGUAUCAAGAACGUGAUAUUGUUUGCACCUGCAUUAAUGUUCACGAAAUUAUUUUAUCAAAUUCUUCGAUUUUCUAGGAAUUAUCUUGUAAAUAUUUAAAACAAUAAGUCGAGAGCGAUUCAAUCUGUCGUUGUCUCAAUUUCCCUUCGUAUCUUCUUUGAAUAAUAUUGUAACUAAUCGAUUAAACCAUAACAUAUUAAAAAAUUAGAAAUUAAGUAUGCAGAGAAAUAUUUCUGAUGUGAACUUUAUUAUUUGUCACAAUUAUUCAAAAAAGACAGAAAAACGAACUACAAUCUUACAGAAGAAUUGCAAUUGUUUUAUUAUAACUAUUUUGCAUUAUCUGAAAAUAUAAAGCAAAUAAAAAUUCAACUGUAGAUGCAAUCGUGUCGCAUCAUGUUUUUGUUCUAUAUAAUCGUUCUAUGAAAUAUUCAUGAAAAUAAUUUACUUUAAAUGAAACAUGUUUCUUCUGACGUAAGAUUCUUGCGUAAAUUCUAUUCAAGCAUGUAUCAUGUGUGUCCAUGAUGUCUACCAGUGUUUCGCAGGUGAAUCAACAUGUUGCAAAUGUUAUUCCAAAACAGGAAGUUUUGGUUUACUUACAGAUUAAAAACAUGAAAUUUUCAUGUACAUAUGUAUCAUGUAUUCUCUCGUAUGGUUCAUAUAUACAUUUUUUUCAAUAUUUUUUGAUAUAUAUCAGUCGACCGUGAACUUUGAAGAAUAAAUCACGCUAGUGAUUUACUGUGGAAGGAGAUUGCAUAUAAUCCAAUGUACAUGAAAGACGAUAAGUACAUAUAUAAGGUGGAUUAGUUCGCGCAAAUCAGUCGUGAUCACGACCGUUGUAUAUCUGUUAGACACGUUUCUCAUUACGAUCUCGGAAAGUGCACCGUGCGCGACAGGAAUUUCUAUAAUUUCGAAAAAUGUUCGUCGCGGCCUUUGUUUUUGCGCUGCUGACUGUUUAUGUCACAGCGGAAAUACCCUCCUACAUUCAUGUGUGCGGCCGCCGAGAUCCGAAUAUCAAUCAGUGCAUCUUAGACAACGUUAACAAUAUGAAAGAUAAGCUCUGCAUGGGUAUCCCGGAGUUGAGUGUUCCUGCGUUCGAACCGGUGAUCAUCGACAAACUAGUCGUAGCCGAUACACCUAACACCAAAUUUUAUUUGAAAAAUGUAGUUAUAAAUGGACUAUGCGAUUUCGACGUAAAAUCUUUACAGUCGGAUCUUAAGAAGAACCACUUUAAGGUUGACUUAAUAUUGAAUCACAUCAUAAUAAACGCUACGUACGAUAUCGAUGCACGUAUAGUGAUACCCAUCAAUCAGAAAGGAGAUGCUUUCGUUAAGACAGAUGACGUAAGAGCGAUAGCGAACAUGGACUUGACAAUAACAUCUAAAAAUGGCAAGAGAUACGUGUACAUGUCACAGAUGAAGAUAAAUCUCGAUCUCAAAACGUACGACAUUCAACUCAAUGUGGAUGAGAGAGAGAGGAGCGAACUGAGCAGGAUCGUUGGUAUCUUCAUAGGCAGCAAUCAAAAGGAUAUCAUUGCGGUUGUUAAGCCGCUCUUGGAAGAAGUAAUUUCGAAACGGAUUCUGCUGAUUGCCAACGAGAUAGUCAAACAUUUCACUUACGAAGAGCUCUUCCCCGAUCGAACGUAAAUUACACGAGAAAUUGUUAAGAUAUAUUGUCGCAAGGUCAGGUUUGCACCGUCUUGUGAUCGAAUUAAAAAAGGACCGAUUGAACAACCUUAUUUCUUCUAAAUUGGUGUAAUCAGUAAUGCGAAUCUUUUAUCCGUUAAAAAGUGAAACUAAAUAAUUCCUUACAAGUUUUUUUACAAUCGGUCAUAUAAUUAUUAGAUCAGUUAGGUAAUAGAAAAUCGAUUGUUAAUAAAAACUUGUAUAGAACGAGUCAGUAAUCACAAGAAAUAGUCAAAUUGGAAAACUUGCAUCACGUUGAACGUGACGCUCGUGAUGAUUUUGCGUACCGAGCUGUGUGAUGCGGCGAGUUACGAAAUAAUGGAGGAGCGAACAUAUGAAUCAAAUCGCAACGACGAAAUUUCGUUAUGCAGACAUGAUUUUAUCUCUUACGGUUUUAUCUUGAUUAUUCAUGCAGCAAUUGUGCUUCGUGUUCAAAUUUGUUUUGAUUUUAUAUUGUAAUUUUAUAAUCUCGUUAUUUCAAUUGCGCACAAUGAGUGUUACGAGUAUACGAGUUACUAUUUUGUAAGAAAAAGAAAUGUAUUAUUUUAAGCUAACAUUGAUAGUAUCAAGUUUUGCAUGUGCUCGUCAAAUAAUGCGUUUUGUACGAUAUUGCGAUAUAGAAAUAAAAUUAAAUACUAAAAAAUUAGAAAAAAACAGAUGAAAUAAAAACAGAUCUCUACGAAUCGGCCAUGUUAUAUAAGUCGUGUUCUUAGUCAUACUUCUCGUACUUAUAUCUGAUUAUGUUGUCAACUUCAACGUAACUUGUUCGCGUCGAAAUAAAUGUGAGUCAGAAAUCAUUAAUUGUAAUAUGUUGCAAUAAUAAUUGCAAUAAUAAUAUGUUGCAAUAAUAAUUGCAGUGAUUGUAACGGAGUGCUUCCUUAUACGUGAUUAAAUUCAAAUGAUAUUUGACUUUAUGUAAAUGCUUAUAUGUUACUUUUGCAUGCGAUUAUAUUCGCCUUUGGUUACAAAUUAUGAAUAUUUCAUAGAGCAAAGUGUGCUCUAAGUGGCGUCAUGUUCCAGAAUCUAAAUAAAAUAUUAUAUUUGACUUUAU